AUGUGUGGUGACCACGUCAUCUGCAUCCCUGAACUCGUCUUUCCUACACCAGAGAAAGUUGAGAGGCAGCACCAAGAUUGCAAUAUGCAAGUUGUGUAUCCAAUUACGCCCGCUAAUUAUUUCCAUGUGCUACGUCGUCAAAUUCACCAUGACUUCCGCAAGUCACUCAUUAUUUUCUUUUCGAAAUCACUUCUGUGCCAUCCCAAUGCUCAUUCGGAUCUUUUGGAGAUGGUUGGCGACACUCACUUCAAACACUAUAUUCCCGAUUCCCAUCCUGAACACCUAGUGCCUGCUGAGGAAGUGAGGCGUCACAACCUCUGCACCGGUCAAGUAUACCAGACACUCGUUCAGGAGCGUGACGCCAAGGGCAUCAAAGAUGUGGUCAUCAGCCGCAUUGAGCAGAUCUCACCUUUCCCCUACGACCUCUAUCCCAAUGCAGAUAUACUUUGGUGCCAGGAGGAGCCAUUGAAUAAUGGGGUGUGGACUUAUGUUGGACCCCGUAUUCUAACUGCCCCCAAUGAGACGCAGUACCACAAAGGCAAAUAUCUGUACUACGCUGGAAGGCAGCCAACGAGCUCCGUUGCUACAGGUAGCAAAGCCCAGCACAAGAAAGAAAACGAGGAGUUCUUAGCCGCGGCCUUUGUACGAUGCUCAGUGACCAUAAUACAUAUUGUAGUGGCACACAAGCGCCGGUCCCCUCUUUUGAUAUGCUGGCGUACAAGUGCUUUGGGCAUAGCAAUCAUUAAUGUCAAGAGUAUUUUCAAGACUAAGAUCUAG